GAACCCGAAAGGGAAGCGGCGAGUGGGACGUCCAAGGGUGACAUGGAGGAGAUCGUGUGAAGAGGAGUUGAAAGAAUAUGGAUUAACAUGGAUGCAGGCGAAAAGUACAGCAGAGGACAGAAGAAAAUGGAGAUGUGCAGUUGAAGCCCUAUGUUCCACUAGGAACCCAAGGUAGCAAUAAUAAUAAUAAUCUGGAUAGUUGUGUGAGUGCUGUCGGUACGGGUGACGGAUGAGAUUUCCAACCGUAUAAUGAAGGCAUACAUCAACUUGAGCUACCUAUGGCGCUGCCGCGACGUUAGCCUGGCUGUCAAAGGUCGGGUAUACAACGCUUCGGUGCGGGCUGUCUUGCUCUACACCUGUGAAACCUGGCUUCUCCGAUCUGAGGAUAUCUGGCGACUCUGGGUGUUUGAUCAUCGCUGCCUCCGCAGGAUUGCUUGCGUUCGAUGGCAUCAUCGCUUGAGUAAUUCUGAGGUUCGGUGGCGUGUGUUUGAACACAACGGAGAUCACCAUUUAUUGAGUGUCGUCAUCUGGAAACACCGGCUCCGGUGGCUUGGACAUGUGCUGCGAAUGUCAUCCCAGAGGCUUCCGUACAGGUAUCUUUUCGCUAGCCCUGGGUUGAGAUGGAAAAGGCGGAGGGGUGGCCAGUCCGUGACCUGGCGUCGUGGGAUGAAGGAUUUUUGUUCUUGACUAGCAUCGGUUGGUGUGUCAUGACUCCCUGGUUGGGUUCCGCGAGGUAGCUCAAAACGUUAUUUGAUAUGGCCAAGAAUAGUAAUCAAUGGCGAACGUGUUGCGAUUUCCUUCUUUCUUCCCUUCCCGAUGAUAGUUAACGAAUUCUGUCUGAACUUGUU